AUGACUGACCCCACCAUGACUGACCCCACCAUGACUGACCCCACCAUGACUGACCCUACCAUGACUGACCCCGCCAUGACUGACCCCACCAUGGCUGACCCCACCAUGACUGACCCCACCAUGACUGACCCCACCAUAACUGACCCCACCAUGGCUGACCCCACCAUAACUGACCCCACCAUAACUGACCCCACCAUAACUGACCCCACCAUGACUGACCCCACCAUGGCUGACCCCACAAUGACUGACCCCAUCAUGACUGACCCCACCAUGACUGACCCCACCAUGACUGACCCCACCAUAACUGACCCACCAUGA